CACCCCUCCUGGGCGCCGCGGGUCUGCCGACGCCUCCCGCGGGCCCUCCGCCCCACGCGACCCGGCUCGCUCGCCCUUCCCCUUCCGCGCCUUCCCUCCCCUGUGCCGCACCCUCGCAUCCCCUUUGCGCCGCCGGCCCGAGGCGCCGAGCUCCGUGGUCUUAUGAUUGGCGCUGCGUCCUAUCCCCCGAACUUCUCAGUCCCCGUCCCUUCAUCCACCCACCAGCGCCUGGCACCACGCCUUGGCAUGUACCCAGUAGGUGCUCACCCCCAGGUUUCCCUAGAUGCCAGUUAAAAUUCCUUGUCCUGCUUGAAGAUCAUCUGUGGAAACGUUGGCCAUGGCAUCCGUAUCAGAGUCUAUUACAUUCAGAGAGUUCUGCCCUUUGUACUAUCUCCUCAAUGCCAUUCCCACAAAGAUCCAGAAGGGGUUCCGCUCCAUAGUGGUCUACCUCACGGCCCUGGACGCCAACGGGGACUACAUUGCCGUGGGCAGUAGCAUUGGCAUGCUCUACCUGUACUGCCGGCACUUGAACCAGAUGAAGAAGUACAACUUUGAGGGGAAAACGGAAUCCAUCACGGUGGUGAAACUGCUGAGCUGCUUCGAUGACCUGGUGGCUGCAGGCACAGCCUCUGGGAGGGUUGCAGUCUUUCAACUUGUAUCCUCGUUGCCAGGGAGAAAUAAACAGCUUCGGAGAUUUGACGUCACUGGUAUUCACAAGAAUAGCAUAACAGCUCUGGCUUGGAGCCCCAAUGGAAUGAAAUUGUUCUCUGGAGAUGACAAAGGGAAAAUUGUCUUUUCUUCUCUGGAUCUGGAUCAGGGCGUCUGCCACUCCCGCCUGGUGCUGGAGGAGCCGGCUUCCAUCGUGCAGCUGGACUACAGCCAGAAGGUGCUGCUCGUCUCGACUGCGCAGAGGAGUCUGCUCUUCCACACCGAGGAGAAGUCUGUCCGGCAGAUCGGAGCGCAGCCACGGAAAAGCACUGGGAAAUUUGGUGCUUGUUUUAUACCAGGACUUUGUAAGCAAAGCGAUCUAACCUUGUACGCAUCACGGCCUGGGCUCCGGCUGUGGAAGGCUGACAUCCAUGGGACCGUUCAGGCCACGUUUAUCUUAAAAGAUGUCUUUGCUGGAGGAGUCAAGCCUUUCGAGCUUUACCCGCGCCUGGAAUCCUCUGAAAAGGGAAGUUGCAGCUCUCCCGAGAAACACCUGGGGAUUGUUUCAUGUUUCUUUCAAGAAGGCUGGGUGUUGAGUUGGAAUGAAUAUAGUAUUUAUCUUCUAGACACUGUCAACCAGGCCACAAUUGCUGGUUUGGAAGGAUCAGGUGAUAUCGUGUCUGUUUCCUGCACAGAAAAUGAAAUAUUUUUCUUAAAGGGAGACAGGAACAUUAUAAGAAUUUCAAGCAGGCCUGAAGGACUAGCAUCAAUAGUGCGGGACGGUCUGGAGACGUCGGGAUGCCCAGAGCAAGUCCACGGGCAGCGUGCGGAGCAGCCGCCGGGGGCCACGCCUUCCGAGACGAGGCUCAGAGGCUCUUCCGUGGCCAGCUCCGUGGCCAGCGAGCCCAGGAGCCGGAGCAGCUCUCUCAACUCCACCGACAGCGGCUCCGGGCCGCAGGCAGCUCCCGAGCUGGGCAAGAGCAGCCAGCUCACCUCGAAGAGAUUCAGCGUGAUCAGCUCGGAGGACUUCGACCAAGAGCUCAUUGUGAAGCCUCUCAAAGUGAAGAAGAAGAAGAGGAAGAAGAAGACAGAAGGUGGAAGCGGGACUACCUGCCCCAGUUCCCUUGAAUCGACUCCCUGCUGGGAGUGUCCUGGCGAUAGCCCCCAGUCCCUGAACACGGACCUGCUGUCCACCACCUCGAGUUUGGGCAGCAUCGUGGAUCAGUCCAGCACAGGGUCUCCUGACCAGGAGUGCAGUCUCAGCGGUGAGGCCAACAGUGUCCUGCCAGAAUACAGCGACCCCGAAACAUUUAGUGUCUUGGAGGUGCCCCUCCCCGCCCCUGACUCAUUGAAGGAAGAAGGUGACGGAAGAACCGAAAUCCCACCACGUGACGGCGCAGGCGAGACGCAGCCGCCUAGUGGGGUGUUGAGUUCACCCUGGCAUCCGAGGGAGGACGCGGAAGGGGGUGAUGACGUCGCGGAACUCGAAGAGGAGCCCUGUCCCGUGAGCGGUGGGCCAGGGAGCGCACAGUCACCCUGCCGAGAGCAGGGCAGCUCAGCGGAGGCCCGGGAGGCGGGGGGCGUGGAGCCUGCUGAGCCCCAGAGCACUCUUCCGGAAGCCCCCCUCCCGGGCUCACCCCCGGUGCCUUCCAGCCUCAGCUGGGCUCCCGGCACUGAGCGGUGGCUUCCAGCGACCAGAGCUGAGGAGCCCAGUGAAGGGCAGGGCUUCCUGAGGCACCUGGGGGCCCCAGGCCACCUCGGCUCGAGUCCCCGGCACGCUGUUACUGACGAUGACACAGGCCAGCAAGCAGUGGCUGCGUCCGAAUGUGACUUGGGGAGCGCAGGAGGACGACGGCCUCGCUGGGUCUCUGCCUCGGUGGCCAGCGCCCGUGAGCAGCCCUCACGGGACCAGGCGUUGACGUCCAGUGACGAGGAGGACAUCUAUGCCCACGGGCUGCCCUCUUCGUCCUCGGAGACGAGCGUGACAGAGCUGGCAGGGAGCCGCUCCCUGCAGGACCUGCGCCCGCCGGGCACAGACGAGCCCGGGCUGCUGAAGUCAGAGGAGAUGUGCCUCUGGAUUCUCCGUCCUGAUGAUGUGUGGCAUUGGGGCAGCUCUCACCACGUGCCAGGUGCCAUGCUAAGCACUUUACAGUUUGCAGAAAGCUGGAUGGGUUACUCCGGGCCGGGCUACGGCAUUCUCAGCUUGGCGGUCUCCGAGAAGUACAUUUGGUGCCUGGACUACAAAGGCGGCCUGUUCUGCAGCGCGUUGCCGGGCGCUGGGCUGCGCUGGCAGAAGUUUGAAGAUGCCGUCCAGCAGGUGGCAGUCUCACCCUCAGGAGCCCUUCUCUGGAAGAUUGAACAGAAAUCUAACCGAGCCUUUGCUUGUGGAAAAGUGACCAUCAAGGGGAAGCGUCACUGGUACGAAGCUCUGCCCCAGGCGGUGUUUGUGGCCCUGAGCGAUGACACGGCCUGGAUCAUCAGGACAAAUGGGGACCUGUACCUGCAGACAGGUCUCAGCGUGGAUCGCCCCUGUGCCAGAGCCGUAAAGGUUGACUGUCCGUACCCACUGUCCCAGGUCGCAGCCCGGAACAGCGUGGUGUGGGCGCUGACGGAGCAGAGGGUCCUCCUGUACCGGGAGGGUGUGAGCAGCUUCUGUCCUGAAGGGGAGCUCUGGAAAUGCGACAUCGUCAGUGAAAGGCAGGCUUUGGAACCUGUCUGUAUCACUCUCGGGGACCAACAGACCCUAUGGGCCCUGGACAUCCGAGGACAUCUGUGGUUCAGAACUGGCAUCGUCUCCAAGAAGCCCCAAGGGGACGACGACCACUGGUGGCAAGGUGUCUGCCCGUCUCCCCUCCAGGUGAGCAUCACAGACUAUGUGGUGUUUGACCAGUGCAGCUUGUUCCAGACCAUAAUCCAUGCCACACACUCGGUGGCCACAGCGGCCCAGGUGCCUGUUGAGAAGGUGGCGGAUAAACUGCGCAUGGCGUUGUGGUCUCAGCAGCUCCAGUGCCAGCCAAGCCUUCUAGGGGUCAACAGCAGCGGCGUCUGGAUCUCCUCGGGCAAGAAUGAAAUCCACGUCUCUAGAGGAAGUCUCAUCGGCACUUACUGGAAUAACGUUGUUCCCCGGGGGACAGCUUCUGCCACGAAGUGGGCCUUUGUGUUGGCUUCCACUGCUCCCACAAAGGAAGGAAGCUCCCUGUGGCUCUGCCAGAGCAGCAAGGACCUGUGCCGCGUCAGCGCCCAGCACGCCCAGUCACGCCCGUCCACCGUGCAGCUGCCCCCCGACGCCGAGAUGAGGGCCUACGCCGCCUGCCAAGACGCCCUGUGGGCCCUGGACAGCCUCGGCCAGGUGUUCAUCCGGACGCUGUCCGCGAGCUGCCCCACGGGCAUGCACUGGACGAGGCUGGACCUCUCGCAGCUAGGAGCUGUAAAACUGAUGAGCCUGGCAUGUGGAAAUCAGCACGUCUGGGCCUGUGAUUCCAGGGGUGGAGUUUACUUCCGCGUGGGUACCCAGCCUCUGAAUCCCAGUCUGAUGCUUCCAGCCUGGAUAAUGAUUGAACCGCCUGUCCAGCCCGCCGGGGUCGCCCUGGUCAGCGUCCACUCCAGCCCCAGCGACCAGAUGCUGUGGGCCCUGGACAGCAGGUGGAACGUGCACGUCCGCGUUGGGAUCACCGAGGAGAUGCCGGUGGGGACCGACUGGGAGCACGUGCCAGGGUUGCAGGCCUGCCAGCUGGCCUUGAGCGCCAGGACCGUGUGGGCCCGCUGCCCCAACGGGGAUCUCGCCCGACGGUACGGCGUCACCGACAGAAACCCUGCCGGAGACUACUGGAAGAAGAUUCCUGGGCACGUGACGUGUUUCACAGUGACCUUGUCAGACGAGCUGUGGGCAGUGGGCCCCCCCGGCUCCCUCCUGCAGCGGCUGACGAGGACUUGCAGCCGCUCCCACGGCGCCCAGAGCAGCCCGGCCACCGCCCCCCACCCCGAGGACCUGGACGACGAGUGGGAGGUCAUCUGAGGGAGCUCUCGGCGGGCAGGCCGCCGAGACUCGUGUGGUGGACACGGGCGGUUUUGAGUCACUCGCCCUUGGACACGCCUCGCCCGCUCUCGUCAGACACGUCUAGCCAGGUUGGACGCCCCACUCUUGCUUUCCUCCGUGUUUGUUUCCAUCUCGUUCCAGAACCCACAGCCUCGGCCGAGAGGUCCGGAGCCGUGGCUGUAGCAGCAGUGCCUCUGAACUCCCGCUGAGGCCGUCCCCGAGUGGGACGGUGGCCGCUCCAGUUGCAUGCGCUACGGUUACCGUCAUCUGCCGCGGUCACCUUCCCAUCACUGACCGCUCCCGGGCCCGUGGAGCCCAAGGUCCGUGCCGUCCACCUGCUGAAUAUGUUCCUGGGAUGGCUUCGUCUCCAUCACAGGGUCCCUCCACCUCCUCUCUGAGAUGCAAGCCCCAGCACCCGUUCCCCGUUGGACACACCAGAUGGGAAGCCAGCUGUGCCAGGACAGGAACACACGCGUAGCGACAUGCACACGCCACGCACGCCCUGCCUGCCCGCUCCCAGGGGGCCAGGCUCGCCUCCAGCAGAACAAUAAAGGCCAGUGGGUGACCCGGAAUACGGAAGUGUGCGUGUGUAUCCGAGGCAGGUGUGGUGGGACGUGGGAACCUUAGCCAUGUUAGUGACAUAGGAAUGUCUUAGGGUGACACUCAGCCCUGCUGCUGGUGACGUCAUGAAAACCAGAAGCACCUUCAGAGGAUGAAUCUACUAAUUCUUGCCUUUUUUGUUUGUUGUAUUACAAACCUACAUGAGAUACCUCACUUGAAAUCAGAUCUUACAAAUUUAGAAGAGAAAUGUAUUUUCUGAAACCAGGGGAAGGCCUUUGAUUCCUUCCCCUGGUGUAUCCUGCGCCUGCACCGUUCUCGGCUGCAGCCUCAGAGGGUGGACGCCGCCCUGCGUGCCCUCGAUGUGCGGGGCCGCCACGGGACCUGCCUGCUGGCUGCGAGUGGCAGCCAGGCAGUGUCGGCGGGCAUCUGGGUGGGUGCCCAGCGAGGUUGAAACGGGGGCCUGCUGUGGCCACGUCCGACUUCGGUCCCUGGGCUCGGCCUGCAGUGCCCACGCUUGUCGCUGGCAUCUGAGCUGUAGGACUCGGCAGCCCAGCCAGGCAUCCGCCCUGAGCCCGCCACCGCCCCCCCCCCUCGGAGGCAGCCCCACGGAAGGACUCCAGCCUGGCUGCUUUUUUUAGCCUGCCCUUGGCCCGGGGCCCAGUUACUCAAUGCCUGUUUUCUACUAAGCAAGUGUGUCCCGGAGCCCCCAGGCCACAGGUGAAGAGCGGUAAGAUUUGUUCUCUGACAGGACCCAGCCAGCCGCGAGGAUGGAGGCUUUCCAGGCCUAAAUGAGGGCAAGAUGCUGAAAUCCAGACCUUGCUCACUGCUUCCCUUUUACAGAACCUUUUUCUCCAAGCCUGGUGGCAGCAGAGGGGGCCCAGGCCGGCUGAGGCCCCUCUUCUGCGUUUGUUGUGCCUUGCCCAGCUCCUCAGAUGGCAGCGCUCUCCUGAACCCACGGGACUUCAGUGCAAUUAAACCCCAGUCCAGUUAGUUUGAUACGUUUAAACUACUUGUAGCCUUUUUUUUUUUUUUUUUAGUUGUGCUUUGAGACAGUGCAAUAAACUAGACUUUUCCGAG